AUCUGUGUGACAUUCAGGCAGAAAAUCAGAUGUGAUGAAGAAAAUAAAGAGAUUGUGUAAGUCACUCUGGAGAAGAGGUACACAGUUGUAGUUUGUCUUUCGGCUGUGUAGCACGGACACCAGCGCUCUUGAGGAAAAUGUGUAACUACAAUGACUGAGGAGAAUAAAAAUUGUUGAUCGACACUGACGCUGUUUCUAAUCACUGCAUGAGGCGCGCAGUAGGUUCUCCUGGAGUUCCAGACAUGUUUGGAGCUGUGUGUAAUCGUUUCAUGUGGCGUCGUGUGUUCUUUAUAUCGUGUGUGUUCUUUCCUUAUCUUUAGCUUCCUGUUUGUAGGAGGACGGACACAGUAACGUAGCUCUGCUGAUCACGCCUGCCUCGUGUUGUCUGUAUAAAGUCUCUGACUCUGAGACUCUUCUGCACUCGUCGUUCAGUGAACAUUGUGUUCCUCUGCUACGUCUGCGUCCAUCAUGAAGCUCCUCAGUGUGGUUCUCCUCCUGCUUCCACUCUCGCUCUGUUUGGCUGAAGUCGUGAAUGAUUUUACUCAGAGCUGUCCAGGGUUCUUCGCUACUCCGAAUGAUGUCGUUUCUCCUCCUACGGGUUUUACUGGGGAUCGCUUUAAACGGAUCUGUCAAACUCUAAAGAAUGAAGCUGAAUUCGCAACAUUUUAUGACACGACGUACAGGAUCCCAAUUUACUCAGCAUACAGCUUUACCGGACUAAAGAAAUGUGUCAGAACGGACAAGUGGUAUAUUGAACCUCAGCUGGAAAAUGGAAAGUUGGGGCCAAACAUGGAUACUGAGUCUGCUGUGAGAAAAGAAGUUGUAGAUAUAGUUAAUCAGUCUGUGAAUGCCGAUUACGCCAGGUCUCGCUAUGAUAGAGGACACCUGGCUCCAGUUUUCCAUGCCGCCUCACAGAGCUGUUCUGAUGCCACCUUCACUCUGACCAACGCUGCUCCACAGAAUCCAUCAUUCAACAGCGGGAAGUGGAGGAGGACAGAAAAAGACAUGGCUAAUGUACUGAAUACAGAUUGCAUUAAUGUAGGCCUGCGUGCAUUUGUAGUAACUGGGGUUGUGCCGGGUCCUGAUACGCUGAAAAAUGAAAGUAGAGUGCGAAUUCCCAGUCACUUCUGGACGGCAUUCUGCUGCCUUGAUAACAAUAAUAUAUCCAAACACUCAGGUGCAUAUAUUGGAGAAAAUGAUCAUGAUCGUCCAGUGUAUCCCAGGAGUGUGAAGGACAUGGACAUAGAGUUAACAGAGCUGUAUAGCAAACAGUUCCAUAACAUCCCUGGUUUCCGCUUCACUUUGUUUUCAGGAAAAUGCUAUACAGAAACUGAACCAAUGGAAAAACAAUUAGUUGUAAAGUCAGCAAAGCCUGUAAACCAAAGUAACAUCGAAUUGUAAAGAAAUUUAAAGCAGUAACUGUGUUGAACUAGUGGAAAGUCCGAGUGUUGAAUGGUUUCAGCGUCUGUCCUGUAUGUUUCCCAUUCAGUGGAACAACUUCUACACACAUACACUUAAAAAAAUGAAAACUAAUCAGAAAUCAGUCAUGUGUUGAUUGACAUGUUGUUGUACUUUUAAUCAGUUUAUUUCUGUCACUAAAUUGGGAUCAGAUCAUUUAUUAUUAAUCACUGAAUUGCAGUUUGAUUUUCUGCAGAAUUCGACAUCAAUAAAGAGCAUCCAAUUAAA